AUGCAUGCAGCAAUAAGAGAAGGAUCCUUAGUAUUUCCUAAGGUUCCUGUCUUACAAUUACGCGGACCUCUUGGUGUUUGUCAAUUAGUUGAGACUUCUAUACUUAAUAUUAUUGGUUAUGCUACUCUUGUUGCUACUAAUGCUGCUAGACAUCGACUUGCUGCAGGGUGGAAGAAGAAACUGCUUGAAUUCGGGGCAAGAAGAGCUCAAGGGCCUGAUGGUGCGCUAACUGCGAGUCGCUAUGCGUAUCUUGGCAGCUUCGAUGGCACCAGUAAUGUACAGGCUGCAUAUAGAUUUGGCAUACCAUUGGCGGGUACAAUGUCUCAUGCAUUUGUUUCUUCUUUUUCUUCUUUUGAUGAUCUUAAAAACACUAAUUCUCCUCUAGGACCGGAUUUCCCCAAAACUGUAUUGGCAGCUCGUGACGAAGUAUUUAAUGUUUGGCCGGAGAAUAAUUUUCGUCAAAUGGCAAAAGAAGACGAACUUGUUGCUUUUGUUGCAUUCGCCUUGACCUUCCCGGACAAUUUCUUGGCUCUUGUUGACACCUAUAAUACCCUUAGCUCCGGCGUUCCCAACUUUUUGGCGGUAGCAUUGGCGUUAUUUAAAAUAGGGAGAAAGCCUCAGGGUUUACGUAUUGACUCGGGGGAUUUAGCUUACCUAUCUAGAGAAGCAAGACGUAUGUUUAGAGAAUGCGAGAAAGUGUUUGGCUACCCAUUUGGGGGUUUAACGAUUGUUGUAUCUAAUGAUCUUAAUGAGGCAGCUAUUACUGCCCUUAAUGAUGAAGGACACGAAGCAGAUGUGUUCGGCAUCGGCACGAAUGUUGUCACUUGCCAAUCGCAACCUGCCCUUGGCAUGGUAUAUAAAUUAGUUGAAUUAGAGGGUAAACCCUGCAUGAAAUUAUCCGAAGAUGUAGAGAAAACUUCCCUACCUACAGCUAAAUCUGCUUACCGUCUAUAUAAUAAAGCAGGAGAACCUGCUGUUGAUCUUAUACAGAGCGCAUCUAUGCCUCGUCCUGUAUGCGGAGAAAAAUUAUUCUGUAAAGAUCUUUAUGCAGAUAAAAAAAGAUGUUUUUUUAUCCCUAAGAAUGUUGAGGAACUUUUAGUCUUAUUUAUUAAGGAUGGAGAAUUAGUUGAACCUAUUGAAUCUAUAGAGGAGAGCCGAGCCCGCUGUAUCCGUCAACUACAACUCUUCCGCGCAGACCACUUGCGUCUGCAUGCACCUACAGA